AUGUCAGCCGUUUCUUCCAUUGUUGGUGCUUUCGGUCAAGCAACAAAGAAUGGUGUGGCUAUUGCGCCCAGCGGAAAUGCUCCAACAUCUACAUUGAUCGGCGCCGUACCUAGUCAAACUGUCAGCGAUGAUCUCAAGUACAACGGUGUGCUUGCCACUGCUUCCAAAAAGGUCGCACCUUCUGUCGACACUGCUCAAGCAGCAGCUCCUCUCAUUGAACCUUGUAUCAACAGUUGGUAUGCCUACUUGACUCAGGGCCCAAGUGGAAGCAUCGACUGGGCAAAGUGCGAGUACCCCCAGGAAGACGCAGCUGUCAAAGUCCAGAAACCCCACGAAUUGACCAUGCUUCUCACCAACGCGGAACAGCAUGAGAAAAAGCUCUCGAAACUGCGCAGCAGAUCUAGCAAGCUGCUACAGACAGCGCGCUUAAUGUACAACAAGACCUCAAUGAAGUUCAAGGGCUUAGUAGUCGAGGGUCAGACCUUGGAAAAGGUCAAGGAGAUCCUUGUUGGCUGCAUGGUCACGCUCGUACAGCUCAAAGUACAGAUUGAUAGGCUUAAGGGGUUUCUGGAGCACUUUCCACCAUGGUACGAGUGGGGGUUCAGGACAAAGUCAAGAAAAUCGUCGAGGACGUGUCUAGUGUUGCAGCCGAUGCAGGCAAGAAGCAAAUUCUUCGUCUAA